CGUCGUCAGCUGUAUACUAUCGAUCGGAACCCCCACAAUGCUGCUGAAUGGACGGCCUCGGAUUGCCUAGUGAUCAUCGAUGAAUGCUGGAACGACGGCUGCUGUAAUUUGUUUCGCCGGCAUUUUGUACUAGAGGAGGAUUCACGGUCGACUACCUCCCUCGAGUGCCGGCCCGCUCCUAAAAUGGUAUCCUCCUCACAGUGGGCCCCUGUGUCCACCCACCCGAGAUCGACUGCGCCAUCAGUACAACCGCCAGAACCUCACAGUUCUCAAUUUAGCGUCCCCAUACGCAAAGUCAUUCAAGUUCUACGCAGUCAGCUUCUACCGUUCCGACGUGAUCAACUCCCCAGGGACAAUCCGCUGUCUUGGUCGCAGCUGCUUUGGGAAGGGCUUAUCGAAGACAUUUACAGAGUAUUAAUAGCUGGGAAGUUCUUAGAUUCCUUACUAUCUGAUACAAUUGGUUCAUCACCGCAUAACUACUUACGAAGCGUGAUUCAAAGCUGGAUUUUGGAGGCACGCCGAUUAUGUAACUUGAGGUCGAAUAGUCGGAUUUGUUGAUUUGUUCACUGAGUUAUUUAUUAUUUUGCUCUUGCGGAGUGUUUCAGCCUUAGUUAUCAUCCUUUGUUUUUACUGGUGUUUGCGGACAAAUAAUCAAUGAUGGCUAUCUAGAUCUCUUUCCUAAUUUUACUCUUUGCAAGAUAAAGAUUUUGUAUCGUUGAAGUGCCAACUAAGUUGUUGAGCGGUAUACAAAUUUGACAGAUAACUGCA